AUGGCUGUAGAGCCCAUCUUGAUUCAGUUUUUCACCAAACAAGUGUUUGACUUUGAUAAGAUUAAGAGGGCAUUCAAAUACUGGGGAUUAGUGGCGGGGGAUUCUACGCUGAAUGAUAAAUCAAUGAAAAAAUUGCCUAUAACAAAGGACCUUCUUGAUCCGGAGGGGACAUUCCUUCCAAUGUGGAAUAAGAUAUUUGUAAUAGCGUGUGUAGUUGCAGUCUUAUCGGAUCCUUUGUUUUUGUACAUUCCUAUCCUCAAAGAUGAUAUGAAGUGCCUGGGAUUCGAUUCAAAGUUGAAGAAAGUAUCUCUUGUCUCAAGAUCAGUAACAGAUCUGUUUUAUAUAGUGGACAUUAUUUUGCAAAUUUGUAGUAGACUUACUGCCAAGACAUUUGCAGCCUCGUGGAUUUCAAUCACUGAAGAGACAUUUCCUUUGAAAGGAGAGAAAUCAGUAAAGGAUGCUCUGGCAUUAGCCAAGAGGAUUUCGCUGUCAUAUAUUCUAAUCGACAUUUUAGCUGUUCUUCCCCUUCCACAGGUAGUGAUUCUCAUGUUCUUUUCAAAAGUGAGGGCCUCAAAACCUUCGAUCACAAGGAUAUUCCUGAACUCUCUUGUUCUGUUCCAAUAUGUGCCACGGGUUCUUCGAAUCUACAUGUCAGGCAAAGCUCCUAGCAUAGAGAGUGGAAUAGGAUUAUGGAUUAAAGGCGUGUUCAAUUUUUUUCCCUUCUUCCUUGCUGGUCAUGUACUUGGAGCAAUUUGGUACUUCUUUGCUAUUCAACGAGAGACAGCUUGCUGGGUAUAUGCUUGUCGAGGUCAAAGCGGAUGUGAGCCCAGUACUUUUAGUUGUGACAACAAUGUGUUCAGAAAUGUGACACGCAUAAAUGACUUUUGCCCUAAAAACCCACCAGAUGCCACAGUCUUUGAUUUUGGCAUAUUUCUUGAUGCUCUUCAGUCUGGUAUGUUGGAGUCAACAGAUUUUCCACAAAAGUUGCUGCAAUGUUUCUGGUGGGGACUGCGAAAUUUGAGUUCAUUUGGUCAAAACCUUGAGCCAAGUCCCUAUGCACUGGAAAACCUCUUUACGGUUUUGAUUUCUAUAAGUGGCAUGCUACUAUUUUUGAUCUACCUCAAUGCAAAUUUGCAGACAUAUGUGGAGUUGGAAGCAAAAAGAUCAGACAAUCUUAGAUUCAGACGGAAGAUGCAAAUCAUAAAUCCAGAAAUUGAUUUGUGGUUACAUAAAAAUGGUCUUCCUAAAGAUCUGAAGAUGGGAAUAAUGGAUAAUGUACAACAGAAGCUUGAAGAAAACAAAGAUGUUCAUGUGGAGAAUAUCCUUUCUAUUCUUCCCUUGAAACAUAAAAGACAUAUUAUGCGACUUCUCCGCUUGGCUUCAUUGAGAAAAGUUUCAAUGCUUAAACAUAUGGAUGAACAAGUGUUGAAGGCAAUUUGUGAGCACCUUAAACCGGUGAUAUAUGCCGAGGACAGUUAUGUUAUCCGGCAGGGGGAACCACUUGAGAAAAUGAUAUUCAUCACACAAGGCAUUGCAUGGACCUAUGCAACUAAUAUUGGUGGUGGAAGAAGUAGUAGUUCGCCAGGCGUUGGAUGCCUUGAGAAAGGUGAUUUCUACGGGGAAGAACUUCUUAAUUGGGCAUUUAGUUUUGCUUCCUUUUCAGAGUUACCUAUCUCGACCAGAACUGUUAAGUCCCAAAGAAAACUUGAAGCAUUUGCUAUCAGGGCUAAUGACUUGCAGAGUGUUGUCUCUAAAUACUGGUGGCAUUUUAGCAUGGAGCUUUCACCUCAAAAUCAACCAAUGAGGCGAGAACAUUUGGCAACUUCUUGUUUACAGAAAACCUGGCGCCGGUAUCAUGCAGGGGCUAGGGGUGGAACUGGGUGGAAGAAAUUUUAUAGUGAUUUAGUGAAAACUGGAUGAUCAACUACUCUAUGGAAAGUUUCUGGUUGGCAUCUUGCUAUUUUAGAAGUUAGUUUAAUGAUUAAACUCUGACCUGUGUCUAUACCUUUAUACUGGCAUUACUUUUGUAGAACAUGUUAGAAAAGUUCAUGGUGUGAAACUACUGAAUGUAUAAACAAUAUAUGAAAUCUGUUGCCAUAUCUGGCUUACAUCUUUCCCAG